AUGGCCGACUUUGGAUUACGGGCCCCUCAUGGGCCUGACAUGACUGGCACCCACAACCCGUUGGAGGAUAUGGAUACUCAUGAAAGGGGGGCUUUUGACGAAUUGAUUCGUCCGGACGACAGCUAUACAAAGGAUGGAACAUACUGGGCAGAUUUGCCACUCGGUCAAAAGAUCAAGUUCGUCGGCUCUUACGAUGCCGCAGAGACUAGGCGAGAACUGGCCAGCAUCUGGGAGAUGAUCAAGGUUGAUCCCCUCUCGCCCGUCUCAUAUUACUUCCGCAAUAUGGUCCUGCCUGGUGCGGGUCUGGGUUUGGAGGGUUAUGUGCUGUUCUCCAUCGGCAACAUCAAGCCGCUGUUCGAGAAGACAUUCCCCGAUUGUUGGGAUACCGCCACCACGUGUAACCAGCAGUGGAUCAAUGCGGUCGAUUAUUUGGAAAUCAUUGGUAUCAUUUUCGGUCAGAUUCUGGUCGGAAUCAUUGGUGAUUGGUUGGGACGUCGGUGGGGUUUGAUUCAGGAUGCUUCCAUCAUGUUUCUCGGUUUGAUUAUGCUCACGGCUGCGUGGGGUACCACCAUGAAUGGAUGGGUGAUUUGCUAUGCCUGGUCGCUGUUCUUUUACAGUAUCGGAGUUGGCGGCGAAUACCCGAUGACUGCCACCAGCGGUAUGGAGAACGCAGUGGGCUCCGGCAAGAUCUCGACCAAGGAGGACCGCCUCCACCGAGGCCGCAAGGUUACCAGCGCUUUCCUGAUGCAGGGCUGGGGUCAAUUCUUCAACCAGGCUCUGCUGAUUAUCCUUCUGUUGAUUUUCCACCACGGCAGUGGCAACAACCCCUACUCCGCCGUUUCGACCCAAUGGACAUACCGUAUCUCCUUCGCUCUCCCGGCCGCUGGAACCCUGUGGCUUGUCUACUACCGUGCCUACCACAUGAAGGCGGCGAGUAAGCAAUUGACCGCCGCGAAAAAGAAGUCGUCAGUCACUGGUUAUGACGUUGACUCUCUGCGUCUCACUUUCAAGUACUUCGGUCCUCGUCUGAUUGCAACUGCGGGUGGAUGGUUCUGUAACGAUGUGUUCUUCUACGGCAACAAGCUGUUCCAGAGCGAAUUCAUCUCUGUGAUCAGUCCAUCCACCGACUCAAUCAUGCCCACUUGGUUGUGGAGCUUGGUGAACGUGGGUGUCUCCCUGGUCGGCUACUACUGUGCUUCCUUCGUCAUCGACAACAAGCUCUACGGUCGCAAGUGGAUGCAGACAUUCGGUUUCUUGAUGUGCUUUGUCUUGUUUGUAGUGCCCGCAUUCCAUUACGAGUACUACACCUCGGCCGAACACAUCAAGGAGUUCCAGGCCAUGUACUUCCUCAGCUCGUUUUUCAACCAGUUUGGCCCGAACAGUGUGACCUUCCUGGUGGCUGCGGAGGUUUACCCCACGCCCAUUCGUGCCACUGCUCACGGUCUCUCCGCUGCAGCUGGUAAAUCCGGUGCUCUUCUGGCCGCUGUUCUCUACAACUACAUCUCCGAUCAAACCAAAUUUUUGGUUGUUCCCUGGUUUGGCUUGGCUGGUGUUGUUUUGACUUUGGCCUUCCUGCCGGAUACCACUGGUCUGGAUUUGAAGGAGCAGGAGCGUCGCUGGCAGUACCUCCGGGAGGGCCGGGAGCAAGAAUACCAUGGCCCUGCAGUCCACCCCAAGCACCUUUCUUGGUAUGAGCGCUUUGUCCUGCGUCUCGACCGCAACUACGAUGCCGAGCAGGACUACCAGCACAAGGUUGAGGAGUACCGCCUGGAGUGGGAGGCUGCCAUGGCCUCGAAGUAUGCUGAGAAGGAAGUCGGCGAUGACAGCGUCGAUGACACCGAUGACUCGCUGCUCGAGGGCCAUGUUCACACUUACUUCCACCGGACCAGCCCCAUGUUCAAAGGCAUGAGCCCCAUGGAGAAGCCUGGAUCCUCCAACCGGAAGGAUGACUUUACCUUGCCGCCCGCUGCCGAGGUGGACGAAGAGGCCUACACCAAUGCCGAGCGGCACGACAACCCCGCAAACGUGCCCGCCGCUUCUGAGCAACAAAAUACAUCAUCCAAUGCCAACGGGCAUGCUUAUACCAGCGAGCAGCGCACGCUCUCCGGCGAGUCAAAUACCUUCUCGUCGAGUGAAAAACACUCAUAG